CCAAUCCGGUUUGAACCUCAUUUUUUUCCUCUCACCCCCCCUUCAGGAGCGGUUGUGCGAUCAGAUCGAUCUAAGAUGGCGACUGUGGAACCGGAAACCACCCCUACCCCAAAUCCCCUGCCUACAGAAGAAGAGAAGACAGAAUCUAAUCAGGAGGUUGCUAACCCAGAACACUAUAUUAAACAUCCACUACAGAACAGAUGGGCGCUCUGGUUUUUUAAAAAUGAUAAAAGCAAAACUUGGCAAGCAAACCUUCGGCUCAUCUCUAAGUUUGAUACUGUUGAAGAUUUUUGGGCUCUGUACAACCAUAUCCAGUUGUCUAGUAAUUUAAUGCCUGGCUGUGACUACUCGCUUUUUAAGGAUGGUAUUGAACCCAUGUGGGAAGAUGAGAAAAACAAACGAGGAGGACGAUGGCUAAUUACAUUGAACAAACAGCAGAGACGAAGUGACCUCGACCGCUUUUGGCUUGAGACACUGCUGUGCCUUAUUGGAGAAUCUUUUGAUGACUAUAGUGAUGAUGUAUGUGGAGCUGUUGUUAAUGUUAGAGCUAAAGGUGAUAAAAUAGCAAUAUGGACUACUGAAUGUGAAAACAGAGAUGCGGUUACACAUAUAGGGAGGGUAUACAAGGAAAGGUUAGGACUUCCUCCAAAGAUAGUGAUUGGUUAUCAGUCCCAUGCAGACACAGCUACUAAGAGCGGCUCCACUACUAAAAAUAGGUUUGUUGUUUAAGAAGACACCUUCUGAGUAUUCUCAUAGGAGACUGCGUCAAGCAAUCGAGAUUUGGGAGCUGAACCAAAGCCUCUUCAAAAGCAGAGUGGACUGCAUUUAAAUUUGAUUUCCAUCUAAAUGUUGCUAAGAUAUAAGAGACGUCUCAAUCGCCUUUGUCUUGUACUUCUGUGUUCAUUUUUUUUUUUUUUUUAAUUUUGGCUAGAGUAUCCACUAUCCCAAUCAAAGAUUUGCAGUACACAUCAUCCCCAGAAUCCAUAAAUGUGUUCCUGGCCCACUCUGUAAUAGCUUAGUAGAAUUCACAUUACAAAAUAUUUACUCAUCCACAAUAUUCAAAAAAGAACUUACAUUUCUAUACCUUACAGGAAAAAAAGUCAUUUAUGUACCAUUGUACGCAGGAGCAUAUUUUGCUGGUUUGAAAGACUAUGAUGCAUACAGUUUUCUAGCAAUUUUCUUUGUUUCUUUUUACAGCAUUGUUUUUGCUGUACUCUUGCUGAUGGCUGCUAGAUUUUAAUUUAUUUGUUUCCCUACUUGAUAACAUUAGUGAUUCUGAUUUCAGUUUUUCAUUUUGUUUUGCUUUUGUUUUUUUUUCUCAUGUAAGUUUGGUGAAGGAUCCAGGAAUAUGACACAAAGGUGGAAUAAACAUUAAUUUUGUGCAUUCUUUGGUAAUUUUUUUGUUUUUUUGUAACUACAAAGCUUUGCUACAAAUUUAUGCAUUUCAUUCAAAUCAGUGAUCUAUGUUUGUGUGAUUUCCUAAACAUAAUUGUGGAUUUUUAAAAAUGUAACAUCAUAAUUACAUUCCUAACUAGAAUUAGUAUGUCUGUUUUUGUAUCUUUAUGCUGUAUUUUAACACUUUGUAUUACUUAGGUUAUUUUGCUUUGGUUAAAAUGGCUCAAGUAGAAAAGCGGUCCCAUUCAUGUUAAGACAGUGUACAAAACUGUAAAUAAAAUGUGUACAGUGAAUUGUCUUUUAGACAACUAGAUUUGUCCUUUUAUUUCCCCAUCUCUAUAGAAGCAAUUGUACUCCUGUUGCGAGGCAGUCUCUGUUGUGUCUUCUUUUUGUCGUGUCUUCCACGUGAACACCUUAAGUUUGGAGCACUAGUUUGAUUAUUAUGUUUAUUAAAAUUUUUAAUAAAUUUAGUAGGGAGCAUUAUAUAUAUGGAACUAAAUUGAUGUGGCUAUCUUUGUUUUUUAUAAACUAAGGCACAGUCCUUUAGUCUUAGGUAAAUAAUGUAGUACUCUCAGUAUGUUAAAGUAAGAAUUGGUCUCUUGGUGUAUCACCAUUUGAUUAGCAGGAACAGUGGUUUUAAAACUUGGUUGCUGAAUAGAGAUGCUCUUCUGUGUCAAAAUGCUAGCACAGGGGAAGAGGACAGGUGGUGGGGGCAUAUGCACUAAGAAUUUGGUUAGUGUUGUCUAAUAGAAUGGAAUAAACGGGUAUGAAGAUGUAUUUAUAUUGGUAAAUUGGUGUAGUAUGGUUUCGUAUAAACUUGAAAACUUGAUCUACUCUUUGUAGACAACAUUUGAAAACAAACUUGAAAAAAUUUUGUCUAUUAUACAUAAGUGUAUAAUUCAGAUCCUGUGAAAUAAAAAAUGACUAGCAUAUACAAAAGGGUAAGCUGAACUAUAGCAGAAUGAAAAUCAUUAGUUAAGGAAAAUUUAUUUUUAAAUGGUGAUUGUGAAUUGAUUGAUCAUUUUAAAACUGAUAAACUUGAUGAAAAUUCUCCAUAAACAUGAAAUUGGUAGCAUUGAUUUCAUUGCAGAAUUUUAAAACAGUUUAAAGGGUACCAGAGGCUACCAUCUGGGUACUUUCAGUGCCACAAAAUCCUCUUGUUCAGUAUUUUGGAAAUAGUGACUCUUUUGUGUUUAUAAUCUCAAUAUACCUAAUAUCUGCUGUCUAAGCUUGGGUGGUUAGUUCAGCUGAUUUAUUGUCUAUGUUGAUAUGUAUAAUUGUGAGCACUUCAAGAGUUUGCUUAAAAGAGAACACGGUGGUUUGUGUUGGCAAUGGGUGGAAUUGGAGUAGUAUGUCUUUUAGAAAUUAAUUCUGAGAUGCUGUCCAGUUUUAAGAAGCAUUAGCUUUUGGGGGCAGAGGAGGGAUAUUAAAUGUACACAGUUUCAAAAUUAAAAAAAAAAAAAAAAAAUCUUGAUAGCA